GCGUCGUGACGUCAUGUGUUGCAAGCAAACAUGGAGGACGGCGGAGUGUUGGUCGAAAAAGCUCAGGAUGAUGCGCCGGCCCUGCUGAGUUCAAGGCCACAGACCGGCUUGUCUUUCUUGGCACCCGAACCAGAAGAUCUGGAGGAUCUUUACAGCAUAUAUAAGAAGUUGCAGCAGGAAUUGGAGUUUCUGGAGGUGCAGGAGGAAUACAUUAAAGAUGAACAGAAGAAUCUGAAGAAGGAGUUCCUUCAUGCCCAAGAGGAGGUGAAGAGGAUACAGAGCAUCCCUCUGGUAAUUGGGCAGUUCCUGGAGGCCGUCGACCAGAAUACAGCUAUUGUGGGCUCAACCACAGGAUCUAAUUACUAUGUUCGAAUUCUGAGCACAAUUGACCGAGAGCUGUUGAAGCCCAAUGCCUCUGUUGCUCUGCACAAGCACAGCAAUGCUCUGGUGGACGUUCUGCCUCCAGAAGCGGACAGCAGCAUCAUGAUGCUCACUUCAGAUCAAAAACCAGAUGUGAUGUACUCUGACAUCGGAGGAAUGGACAUCCAGAAACAGGAGGUCAGGGAGGCUGUGGAACUUCCCCUCACACAUUUUGAGCUCUAUAAACAGAUUGGUAUCGAUCCACCCAGAGGAGUGCUCAUGUAUGGCCCACCUGGCUGUGGGAAGACUAUGCUGGCCAAAGCUGUGGCUCACCACACCACAGCGGCCUUUAUUCGUGUGGUGGGAUCUGAGUUUGUGCAGAAGUAUCUUGGUGAGGGUCCACGCAUGGUGCGAGAUGUCUUUCGGCUGGCCAAAGAGAAUGCACCAGCCAUCAUCUUCAUUGAUGAGAUCGAUGCCAUUGCUACGAAGCGUUUUGAUGCACAGACUGGAGCUGACAGAGAAGUGCAGAGAAUCCUGCUUGAGCUUCUCAAUCAAAUGGAUGGGUUUGACCAGAAUGUGAACGUGAAGGUUAUCAUGGCCACCAACAGGGCUGACACACUGGACCCUGCCCUGCUGCGUCCAGGUAGAUUGGACCGUAAGAUUGAGUUUCCCCUGCCCGAUCGUCGACAGAAACGUCUUGUGUUUUCCACCAUCACCAGUAAGAUGAACCUCUCAGAGGAGGUCGACCUGGAGGACUAUGUUGCCAGGCCUGACAAGAUCUCUGGUGCAGAUAUCAACUCCAUUUGCCAGGAGGCUGGUAUGCUGGCUGUGCGUGAAAACCGCUACAUUGUGCUGGCCAAGGACUUCGAGAAGGCUUACAAGACUGUUAUCAAGAAAGACGAGCAGGAGCACGAGUUCUACAAGUAGAAAACCUCUGGAUUAGAUAUCAGCGUUAUGCUUAACUCUGUUUGUUUCAGCGUUUAUUUUGUACGUACAGUGUAACAUUGAGGACAGGGCACUUGAAGCCUGAUGUAAAUCCUCAGGGUUGCACUGCUUGUACCGGGACUCUCAUUUCAGAUUCACAGUAUAUAAAAUAUGGAUGGGGCAGAAAAACAAACCAACAUGUACAUCUGGUGAGCAUUUAAUGUAUUCAGUUUAACAGAAAAUAAGAAACAUCCAUUAACAUGUUUUCCAUAAGGACUCUAAAUAAAGAUGUUUUUGAUAACA